AUGAGUCUGACUUCCUGGUUCCUUGUGAGCGGCGGGGGGACGCGUCACCGUCUCCCCAGGGAGAUGAUCUUCGUGGGGAGGGACGACUGUGAGCUGAUGCUGCAGUCCCGCAGUGUGGACAAGCAGCACGCUGUCAUCAACUAUGAGCCGAAUGCAGACGAGCAUAAAGUGAAGGACCUGGGCAGCUUAAAUGGGACAUUUGUAAAUGAUGUCAGAAUACAGGAGCAAAUCUACGCCACACUGCAAAUUGAUGACAAAUUGAGGUUUGGAUACGAUACCAACCUGUUCACUGUGGUUCGAGGGGAGCUGCAUAUUCCAGAGGAGGCCCUCAAGCAUGAGAAGUUCAGCAGCCAGCUGCAGCUGAACCAUAAGAAACCUCCAGAGGGGCAAUCGUGUAAAUCUGAGGUUAAACUCUCCGAGGCAGCAGCACCAGCGUGUGACGGGGCCUCCGCCAAGCCCCCCGAGGCCAGCAGGGUGGAGGACAAGGGGACAGGAGACGUGGCCGCGUUGCACAGAAUCACGCCCCUCUAUGGUCAGCCUGCCUGGUGGGGAGAUGGAGACCCUGACAACCAGCAGCCCGGGAGGCCAGAGGAGAAGAGCUCUGAUCGGAAGCAAGACAAAGCUGACACAGACACCAACAAAAGUGCAGGGGGCCCAAAAACAGCUUCCAGUCAGGAGCCGAGCUAUUUUGAGAUCCCAACCAAGGAUUCUCCCUCAGCAGGUAAAGUGAGCGGCGAAUCCCCCUCACAAGAACUAGAGGCGGGUGCUUCUUCUGCUGCAGAGACCAUCCAUGGCCACGCCUCCUUCACCAUUGAGUUUGACCCCGGGGCGUCGGGUAAAGUGACCGCCAAAGACCGAGCCGCGAAGGUUGGACCGGAGACCAGGCCACGUCCUAAAAGGGCUGUCGGGGAGGAGCUGAGUCCUCUUCAGACCGCCAUGGUAGCUGCCGAGGUUAAAGUGGCCGACUGGCUGGCCCAGAACGAGCUGCCAUUGGCACUGAAAGACACGGUUGCAGAAGAUGAUGGAGAGAGUGUGAAGAGUGAUGUGCCUAUACAACUGAAGAGCCUUAAAGGCAGUAAACAUGAGGACGGUACUCAGAGUGACUCAGAGAAUGCACUUGGAGAGCAGCGCAGAGCUGCAGCAAUGGAGCAACGCUCCUGGGGGCUGUGGGGCGGGGCAGGGAUGAAGAUCAGAGAGGGCCGCGCUAACGUACCAGAGGGGCUCUUCGCAGAGGAGGACAGUCCCGCUCGCCGUCGCAAAACUUCCACUUCCAAAGUGGCGAGUGGGUUCGUGGAGAGGCGAUGUGGAGAAGCACCGCAUCAGCAGAGUGGCCGUGAAGAGUGCUAUCACCAUGGGGAUGAUUAUAGUGACAGAGGGACCUAUACCAUUGAGGUGGAGAAUGGGGAUCAUGAGGAGGAAGAGGCUAGGAAAAUGAUUGACAAGGUGUUUGGUGUCGAUGAGCAGGAAGCUGUGUGUGUGUCCAGGUUGGGGGUUGCUGACCAAGGAGAGAGGCUCACCUCCCAGAGGUCUGCUAUGGGAGACAGAGGAAAGCCUGGACGCAUGGAGACAGAGGUACUAUCUGAGCAGCUGAUGGUGGGUGGUCCUCGCUGGGUUUCGCAGUGGGCUACUCUGGCUGCCAGUCACAUUAGGACAGACCCUGAGGGAUCAGGAGGGGAGAGUCACAUCAUGGUCACAGAAGACAGAGCUGAAAUAAGUGAGUCCAGCCACUCAGCCUCCUUUGCCUCGUCUGGAUACACAGAGCGUAAGAGGAGAACCCUGCCCCAGCUCCCUGGUGAGGAGCUCGCCCUAGGAAGGAGGACCCCAGGUGCAGGCCUGCUUACAGAUAUGGGGGAGAAACAGGACACAGAGCUACAGGAGAAGGAGAGCCGGGAGGACAAGAUGGCCAGAGGAAAGACUCGGCCCAGUCAUGGCACUGGAGGUGUGGGCAGUCAAGGUGGCAGCCCCAGUCGCUCCUCACCAGCCAAGUCGCAGGACAGUGCUGGUGGGAGAUCAGGCAAGUCAGGUGCGUUGGCAAAGCUCCCCCCUCGUCCAGUGACCAGCGGGGAGAAAAGAAUGGAUGAGGUGCGGAGGAGGAAAAAGGAAGAGGAGAGGACCAGGGAAAGUAGUGGGAAAGCAUUUUUGAGGCAGGAGAGUUUUACUGUGGAGAAGUCAAGCUCCAACAUUGAGCUCAUACCUCGUAUCGAUGGGCUCACAGGCUGCAUAACUCAGAGUAGGGAGGCUGGCAUUGACAGUGCCACGCUGCAGAAAGACUCGGAAGCUGUGGCAGCCUUUUUAGAGACGACUGUGUCAGACCAAGGGGACCCACCAAGUCAGUCCAUUGAAGGCUCCAUCUCGCCAGAAUCAGACGUGGACACAACCAGCACAGUAAGCCAGGCUGACGGAGCGAGGAAAGUCAUCCAGAAACGGCGGAUUCUUGCAGGACAGCAGAAGGAGAGGACGGUAGUGUGCUCAUCGGGGAAAGGCCCUGCCUGGAGCAGAGAGACCCAGGACAGGAGGGUCAAGACCAGGGCAUCUGGUCCUCCACAGCCCAGUCGCCCCUGGACUUCUCUGGACCUCACUGAUGAUGACGUCAACUCCAACUCACUCCUCUCUGACUCCCAGCACACCUCUACACAGGGGUCUAGAAGCACAAACACCAGAGCCCAGACUGGGAGCACAAAAUUGGGGGCUAGCACCAAGUCUAGCCGGGCUAAAAUCUCCCAGGCACCAACCUCUAUGGCAGCCAGUAAAACCACAAAUGUUCCCAAGCCCAGGCCCACCAGGGCGUCCCUACUGAGGCGAGCCCGAAUGGGGGACUCCUCAGAUACUGAACCAGCUGAGCUCGACCGGAUGUCGGUAGCCUCGGAGGCCUCCACCGCUAGUUCCACAUCCAGGACAGGCAUGGCAAGAAGGGGCAUGUCCAGGAUAGAGGCUCUGGCGCAGCCAAGGAGGCCGAGGGUGGGCUCCCCGUCAGCCCAGAGUGACUCAGAGGCCACUGUGACAAGGAGUAGAGGUCUAGGGGCCCGGAGCACUGCAGGUGAUUAUGCCACCCGACAAGGACUGAGAGGAUCCAAUGUGACCUCAGUUUCUGGACCCCGAGCCAGGGCUAACAGUGCCUCCAAGCUGCCCGACAAGAAUAAAGGCACCUCCUCCUAUGGACAUGUCCCACCUGCAUCUGGCGGCCGGUGGCGCCGCGUGCCUGUGGAGUAUGCUUCCACCUCGGAGGACGAGUAUGGCUCAAACCGCCACAUAUCCAAGCAGAGCCACACGCGUCCGUUCCCCUCCACUCGGGUAGCCCAGCUUGGAGGUUCGGUCCCAGCAACUCCGACUCCUGCAGGCAUAUCGGCCCUGAGGCAGAACUCCAGGGAACAGGACGAGUAUAUGAGAGACUGGACAGCACACAGCGAGGAAAUAGCCAGGAUCAGCCAAGACCUAGCCAAAGACCUAGCCAUGCUUGCCAGAGAAAUUCAUGAUGUUGCCGGAGAGAUCGACUCAGUCAGCCCUGCAGCCACGGACCCUGGAGCUCCGAUGGAGGAGCGUGCAUUCGAGGACAGCUUGGACCUGAGCGGUCCCCCUGCAGAGCCCAGCAGCAUUGUGGAGCUUCGACCCCGGGGCUCUGGUGGACAGAGCUCCCGCUCCAUACGCCGACAGACAUGGAACAGAGAUGAUGCGGUGUUGGACAGUUUACUAUUAGCAUCUGUUAAUCAGCUCUCGACGAGGAUACGUCACUCUGUCGACAAAACAACCUGCAAAAUCAGGAUCCUCUUCAAGGAUAAAGAACAAAAAUGGGAAGAGAUUGAGAACAAGCUGCAGGUCGAGCGUGACUCCUUACUCCUCAAGAGCUCCAAUAAGGAGAUUUCAACCAUUCUUCAAGACCUGAGGAGAGUGGAGAGACAACUGCUCGUAAUUGACAUGAUGGUGGACCCAGACGGCACCCUGGAUGCCCUGUCCAUUCUGGGCCUGACCAGCCCUCUGACUGAGCAGAAGAUCGGCCCUGGGACUCAGCAGGGGCCGUCGGUGUUGCACCCUGGAGCUGAAGGGUCCUCCAACACAGUCUCCAGGCCGGAAGGACGGGCCACUGAGUCCUCCGGACCUUUAGACCACGCAGUAGUGGCCGAGCGAGACCCAGGGCCCAAACAGAGCCCUAGAUCCUAUAAGUGA